AUGCCCACCACCGCAACCCCAACCUCCCGAACCGCCCUCAUCACCGGCGCAAACGGCUACAUCGGCAACGCCGUCUGCCACGCCUUCAUCCGAGCCGGAUGGACCGUGUACGGCCUGACGCGCCAAAGCAGCAGCAUCCCUUCCCUCGCGCGCGAGGAGAUAAUCCCCGUACUCGGUUCCCCCAGCGACACCUCGUUCCUCCCUCACCUCCUCGCCCAGCAAAAAGCCUUCGACGCGAUCGUAUCCACCACCGAGUCGCUCUACGACUACGAAUCACACUACGCAGAUAUCAUAUCCCUCAUACACGCCGUUUCGGAAUCAAGUAAUGCCGCCGGAGUGAGACCGCUCGUGCUAUUCACCUCCGGAUGCAAAGAUUACGGAAUGACGGCGCGGGCCGACGACCCGGAUCUAGCGCCUCAUACUGAGACGUCGCCGUUACGACCGCCGGAGGUGUUAGCGCCGCGAACAUAUACAUCGUUGAGGGUGAUCGAGGACGAGAAGAACAAGGCAGCAUUCGAUGCGGUGUUGCUUCGACCGACGACAGUCUUCGGACGGAGUGGGAGCUACUAUGGUCCGUUUUUCGACCUGGCGAGGGCCGCGGAAGAGAGUGAGAGUCGCGUGUUAAGCUUACCCGCGCAUCCGGAGAGCGUGGUACAUGGGACGCAUGUGGAUGAUUGUGCGGAUGCAUAUGUGGCGAUCGCGGAAUCCGAUCGCGCGGUGGUGAAGGGUCAGAUCUAUAAUAUUUCGGGGUGGAGAUUUGAGACGCUGAAGGAGGUUGGGGAGGCGUUGGUAAGGGAGUAUGACCUGGAAGGGGUACGGUAUGAGCCGCCAGACACGGAGGGAUUUGUGGGGUUUGAUGUCGUUGGGAUCUUGACGGGUUUUUCGCAGUGGGUGGGCAGUGAGAAAUUGAGGAGGGAAGUUGGGUGGAGGGAUAAGAGGCAGUUGUUUUCAGUGGGCAUUAAGGGGUAUAGAGUGGCGUAUGAGCAGGCGGUUAGGGAUGGGCAUAGCAAUGUGUUGAGGGUUAGGGGGUAUGUGCAGGCAAGUCAAAGUGAAAAAAAGGAAUAG